AUAAAAUUGACCUGACCUUGUGGCCCGAGAGGAAGGGCAAAAGAGGAAGGCUUGGUGAUUCUCGGCAAUGUCUGUUAUUUUGAGAAAAGGCUUCAGCAACAAACUUCAGGAAAAAACCUCCCAAACCCUGGGCAACUGGGGUUCUGAUGUGGAGCUCUGGAUGGAAAGCGUGAAGUCUGGUAGAAUCUCGCAAGCUUUUGUUUGGAGUUCCACCGCCGAAGGCGCACAGCUCAGACCUCAGGCACAUGCGAAUGACCCGGAGUGUGGACAACGUCCAGUUCCUGCCCUUUCUCACCACGGAAGUCAACAACCUGGGCUGGCUGAGUUAUGGGGCCUUGAAGGGAGACGGAAUCCUCAUCGUCGUCAAUGCAGUGGGCGCCGCACUUCAGACACUGUAUAUCUUGGCGUAUCUGCAUUACUGCCCUCGGAAGCGUGUUGUGCUCCUUCAGACUGCAACCCUGCUAGGGGUCCUUCUCCUGGGUUAUGGCUACUUUUGGCUCCUGGUACCCGACCCUGAGGGCCGGCUCCAGCAGCUGGGCCUCUUCUGCAGUGUCUUCACCAUCAGCAUGUACCUCUCACCCCUGGCUGACUUGGCUAAGGUCGUUCAGACUAAAUCAACCCAGUGUCUCUCCUACCCACUCACCAUUGCUACCCUUCUCACCUCUGCCUCCUGGUGCCUCUAUGGGUUUCAGCUCAGAGAUCCCUACAUCAUGGUGUCCAACUUUCCAGGAAUCAUCACCAGCUUUAUCCGCUUCUGGCUUUUCUGGAAGUACCCUCAGGAGCAAGACAGGAACUAUCGGCUCCUGCAAACCUGAGGCUGCUCACCUGACCCCUGGGCACCUAAGUGCCAACCUGAACCAAAGAGAGCUCCUUGUUUCAGCUGGGCCUGCUGUCCAGCUUCCCAGGUGCAAUGGGUUGUGGGAACAAGAGAUGACUUUGAGGAUAAAGGGACCAAAGAAAGAGCUUUACUUAGACGAUUGGUUGGGGCCUAGGAGAUGAAAUCACUUUUAUUUUUUAGAGAGAUUAUUUUUUUUAAUUUUGGAGGUUGGGGUGAUAUGUUUAGAAUAUGCCUUAAAAUAAAGUGUUCCCCACCCCUGCC